AUGUGGCGCCGCAGCACGCCCGAGAGCAAUCGUGUCGUGCAGGAGGAGCACGGCGGUGAGUCGGAGCGCGUAUGGAUUCUCUCCGAGUGCGUCCUCGAGGCGCAGGAGGAACUGCGCGCGCGUGAGGAGCAGCUCGCUCUUGUGCAGUCCAUGCUGCGGCUCACAGAGGCGGAGCUGGCGGCCGAGAAGCGUCGCACAGUUCAACUGUCCGCGCGCGUGGCGGAGCUCGAUGACGCACUGCUCACCGCGAAUCAUCUUGCCACGACUGCGCUCGACCAGUCUGAGGAGGUGCUGAGGAAGACCCGCGCAGGCGGUGGCACGGCGGUGUCCUCAGCAGAAGAAGGAGGGGUCGGAGCGAGCGGAGGCGAUGUUGCUGGCUCCGUCUGGGAGAGCGUCCUGCUCUCGCCCGUCUCGACAGAGUCGCUGGAGGAUAACUUCGGACUCACGCCCACUCGCCGCAAGGGCGCCGCUGCAGCCAUCGCCGCCGGGUUGACGGUCCGCUGCACCACCGCCAAUGCGGGCUCGCCGCUGUCGCAACCCCCUCCCGCCUCCCAAGGCGACACGUCUCGUGGCGCCGGCAGCGCAGCGGGAGGGCGCGGCGACAGCGGCGGCCCCGACACGCCGCGUAGCAGUGGGAGCCGCACAGUGCUCCUCGAGCCGAAGCGCUCCUCCGCCAUCGGCAUCGUGCUCCGCUCGUGGCGCGUCUCACUGCCGGCGUUGAGGGACGCCGCCGCGACCCUGGACGCCGCCGUGCUUCCCGCAGACCGCAUCGAGGUGCUGCUGGGGACAGCGGGCUCGCCGUGCGCGCUCCCGCGGCCGGGGGAAGUGCGGCUGGUCCGGCAGUGGCUCGAGUCGAGAGGCGUGGCCCUCGACGACACACACGCUGUCGAGGCGUCCCUCGGCGAGGCGGAGGCCUUCUUCGCCAUUGUCGGAGGCGUACCACGUCUCGCGCCGCGCCUCCGGCUCUUGCUCGCGGAGCAGUCCUACCUGCCGCGCGCGGCGCAGCUCUCGUCGCAGCUCCGCGUUUGUUCCGAGGCGGCCGCAGAGGUGAUGGGCUCGGGCACGCUCCGACGCCUACUGGGUACAUUGCUCGGUGUGGGAAAUACCCUGAACGCGGCUACGUUCCGCGGAGGCGCGAAGGGGUUCGAGGUUGGUUCGUUGCCCAAAUUGCUCGCCGGAGGGAGACCGCAGUCUCGUGGCGGCAUCAUCGGGUAUCUUGCGGCGCACACCCCGUCGCUUCCCGGCGAUUUGGAGGAGGAGAUGCCGUCGCUGCCGGGCGCGACGCGCCUCUGCCUCGCCGAGCUUGCGCUCGAGCUGCGCGAGCUGCAGGCUUCCAUCGACACCGUCGAGGAGGACCUCACGCAGGCGUUGCGAGAGGCGCCACUGCACGACGAGGGUGGCGAGGGCACGGGCUCACACGAUCACAUCUUCGUGGCUCGCGCGCGGGGAUUUCUCUCGGCGGCAAGGCCGCGGCGGCGCGCGCUCGAGGCGCAGCUGCCCGAGGCAGAGGCGGGCCUCGAUGGCGUAUCUCGCUACCUCGCGGCCGAGGCGGAGGGCGAGUGGCCCGCUUCGGUGACGCUAGAGGCGCCUUCCGCGCCGGUUCUCCGCGACGGCUCGUCCGACCAAGCGGGGCGAGCGUUGGAUGCGGCUCCGGCGGACGGCGGGCCACCGUCGGAAUCGGCCGAGCAGGUGGGGCGAGGCUCCACAGACUACGGAGGAGGCGACGAGUAUUUCUAG